UGGCCGGCGGGAAGGGGCCACGGCAGCUGCUCGCCUUUCGGAUAAUUCCUGCCCCUGCCGCGCGUCUCGGGCAGCGGCACUCUCCUGUCUGCGCGUGGCAUGUGGAGCCGGGGGUUUAUAUGGCAUUUGCGAGCCGAGCGAGGUCACGGUUCUUUUUUUAAAAAUUCUUCGCUCUGGGUACAGUAUAUGUCUCUCUGAUUUUUCAUUCCCUGGUUGCGGGAUGGGCCGGGAGGGACGAUCGUGACAGUGACGGGAAUGUUUACUUGUGCAGAAGUCUUUCUCAUGUGGAAGCACGCUGCUCCCUAACUUCUGGCUAAGCAGACUUCAGUUCGCCAACUUUGCUGCCUCACAGCACGUGUAACUCCUUGGCAGGAUGGCAGACGAAAGAACAGCUGGUGCAAAGCAAUAGGGGAUUCCUAGCGAGGAAGAGGAGGAAGGAAGAUCACCCAUCUUUCACCUGACGGCUGUCAGAGCAGCAGGAACGGGACAGCUGAAGCCACCAUGCGCAGGUCCAGCACCGAUGAGUCCACCUAUCACAGGAGCCCUUCCCUGGACAGCAAGGAUUACAGUUUCCCAAAUGGCGCCUUCCGUCGAUACAGCAGCAUGUAUGGUGGCCAGUUUGGGGCUGCCAGCAACUCUUUUUUUGGAUUUCAUACCAACCCAGGCCCGAAGGCCACCAAGGCUAAGUACACGACCCCCAAGGGAAACAAGUACGUUGUCUUUUACCUGGAUCUCUCAUUUAUUUUUCUCCUAGAACUGAAGAGGUGCAGCAUGGCUCACAACUGCCUGCAGUGUAUCAAGUACCUAAUGUUUGUUUUCAACCUUCUCUUCUGGUUGGGAGGCUGUGGAAUCCUUGGUGUAGGCAUCUGGCUAGCUGUUACCCAAGGGAACUUUGCCACCCUCUCCUCUUCUUUCCCGUCCCUGUCAGCUGCCAACCUGCUGAUCGUCACAGGGACGUUUGUCAUGAUCAUUGGCUUCGUGGGCUGCAUAGGUGCCAUCAAAGAAAACAAGUGCCUCCUGCUGAGUUUUUUUAUCAUGCUGUUAAUUAUAUUUCUGUUGGAGCUCACUGUUGUGAUUCUGUUCUUCGUCUACACCGACAAGAUUGACAAGUAUGCUCAGCGGGAUCUGAAGAAAGGACUUCACUUGUAUGGGACAGAUGGAAAUAUUGGCCUCACUAAUGCAUGGAGCAUCAUUCAAACAGAUUUCAGAUGCUGUGGAGUCUCCAACUACACGGACUGGUUCGAGGUGUACAACACAACCCGGGUGCCAGACUCCUGCUGCUUAGAAUUCAGUGAGAACUGUGGGCUGCAUUCCCCAGGGACCUGGUGGAAAGCGCCUUGCUAUGAAACUGUGAAAGUAUGGCUCCAGGAAAACUUACUGGCAGUGGGAAUCUUUGGAUUGUGCACAGCUAUGGUGCAGAUUCUCGGACUCACCUUUGCAAUGACCAUGUAUUGUCAGGUAGUCAAGGCAGACACCUACUGUGCAUAGAUACCAUUCCCAAUCUUUCUGCUUCUCCUCCAAAGGACACAGGAGAAAUCUCCUUCAUGCUCAUUCAUCUGACCUUUUUUUCCCUCCCCUUUGUACUAUAAACUGUGUAUAAUGCUAUCUUUCUGAAGAUUUUGUGAAUCACCCCACUUUACUGAAGGAGGAAGAGAAGAAAAAGUCAGUACUUGAACUGGCACAGGUAAGAAGCAGCCUUGUCUUUAAGCAGAGGAAAACCAAAAAAAGGAAUGGUUCUUUUUCCAUGGCCUGUGGCAAGGCAAGAGAGGCUGCUUACAAGGGGCUGACUGCAAACCCAUGUUAGGAAAAGAUGGCACUGAGGACACCUCUGCAAAAGCUGCCAGGCUGCCUUCCCACAUUUCCAGUCUGGAAGAGAGGACUUAGAAAACAAAUGUUCUUCAGCAAGAAGGUACAGAGUAGCUAGGACUGAAUGCAAUUGUAAUUUUACUACAGUUUGCACACAGCUAAAAUGUUACGAUCAAGCAGCCCUGCCUCCAAGUGUCUCGAGAUGAUUUUGUAGCCAGGAGAGGAUCAUCUUCAGAAGUGCAUUGUUUUAAAGGAGUAUUUUUAAUCUUACGUGCCGCAGAGUCAGGCUUUUAAUCAGAAUCUGUACAGCGAGAUCCUGGCUGUUAAUGGGAAAUAAUAUUGGACAUUGCCUCACUUCCUAAUUGCCAGUGGCAUAUAGAUGGUUGACUGCAUAUGUUAUAUAUAUUACAUUCAUAAACACAUACUUUUCUGAAAGGAGGUGAAAAUAUCCAGCAUCUUAACCUCAGAAAGAGGAAACCUUUCUAUCCUAUUUUACAUUCCAACUGAAAUAACCAAGUAUUAUUUCUUGUACAAGGCACUAUCACUUAUACCUCUGGGAAACAAGUAAUUACUUUCAGCUGUAUCUUCAUUUCAGUAAACAACUUGUGAGUGGGCUCUCUCUGUCAGUCUACUAUGGUUUUAUUUAUCAUCCCUGUUUCAAGUAAGUCUGCCAAAAAAUAUCACUCAUUUCCAUGCUUGAAGAUGUGUGCAAAGCUGUCAGCUGUUCCUUCCCUGAAUGUCACCAUUUCAUUAAUUUACUUUGGGAUAACAUCAUCUGCAGGUAUGAUAGAGUUUGCCUUGCUGAGGAAAAAUCUUUCGCACAUUGCUCAUUUUUCUGAGAGUUAUUAAGACUUCAGAUGCUUUUAUGCUUACCUUUUUUUUUUCCUCCCAGCUGCACGCUGACAACAGCCAAGACACAUCAGUCUCUGUUAGAACUGGAGUCACUUCUCAGUGCUCUUUUUCAGAUGCAUUUUCCUUCACCUAGCUGCUGGCUAGAAUAUAAUCCACACUUUCUAGAAUAUCAUGGAAUCACAGAAAUAUGCAGAAUAACUUCCCUUAACCAGGGAACAGCCAUUCACUGAUAACUGAAGUAAUUGAUGUAGUACCCUCCUAUGCACAUCUUCUGGUGAUGAGGUUAAAAUCAGAUGUGUCCUGUUGUUCAAACAAGUAAUUCCCUGCCAGCAAACAGCUCCAGGUGGUGCAUGUGUGCCAGGAAGAAGGUGAAGCACCCCAGGGAAAGGACACAGCAGGGAACAGGCAAACAGAGCAAUGCAGAUGCCCUGCUCCCUCCAGCCAGCAUUUGAGGAGCUCUCAGCCACUGUCAUUUAGAGCAGAGAGCUGACCAUGCAGCAGUGUUUUCCCAGGAAGCUGAGUGCAGCCAUUCCUGCAGACUGGAAGCAUGCAUCAAGCUCACAGAGGAAGUUACCUUGCUUACAACAGCAGGUCUCAGCUCUGAAUGACAUUCUGUGUGCUUUGAUUUAAAGGCAAUUUCCAGCUGGACUUGCCAACCCACAGCCCAUUGAACAAUCUCCUUUACACCCAUAACUAACCCUUUUCUGGAUCUGCAUUAUUUGACAGAUUCGCUCUCACUCAUUAGAUUUGGGGGGAUUUUUUGUCUUCUGCUGAUUUCUUGCAGUCUUAUCACUCUCAAGCAGAGCUACUCCGUAUUUUCUGGGAAAUUGCUUAGGACAGUCUGGUGUUUAAAAGAGCAAUUAUCUUCAAAAAUUUUACCCCCGUGGGGCAUUUAGCUGUGCAGGCUAAGAUAAAAGGAACAUAUUACUUGUGUGCAUUUUAUGUGGCUUCCCAAUCACUAUCACAAUAACCUCCCCACCACUAAAGGAUUUUACUGUCAUGCAAACAAUCCCCAACAUACCCAUGCUGAGCAAGUAGCCCAUACACAGGUGUCCUGUACUCCAGAGCAAGAGGCUCACUUGUGUUGCAGUCACCACAGUCUCCCUGCUCUCUGCUUCUUGAGCCCAGGCUGACCUGCAGACUGUUCUGCUCUGCAAAAGAUGGUGUAAGUUUUGUUCCUUCCCUCUCUUCUGCUCUGUUCUUUUCUUAACCUGCACAGAUACAAUUCCAGGUUAGCUGUACCAUUAGUUCUUUCCUUGGUUUAUAGUUUGUACACCCGGGUGAUUCUGCUGACAGCUCUGAGUUUCUACCACUGAAAAUCAGCAUGACACAGUGAUGAAUACAUUCAUAAAACAUUGAUUUUUUUUUGAGACAGAUAAAAGGUAGACAAGUCUAUUUGUAGUGAUCCCUGCCAUUAAAAAUUAACACAGAGACAGCAGGCUGAUGAUGGCUCAGUUGAUGGGUGCAAACCAUUGUGCAGAACUCCCCCAGAGAGCACUCUCAUCAAUUUGCUUGAUGGUGGUGUAGGGAAAAGAGAGAUCACAAACCCUUCUCCUGUUAGUCUCACAGUAAUAUGUGCUGAGCUCUUAGAGAAUGCUUCUAGACUUCAGGUAAAGCUUCAGUGGAAACAAAAUAUGAGAAACAGACUGGAGACAAGUCACAUUUUGUGGUUUCCUCUAAUCAUUUUCUACAGUUUAGGUGUCUUUACAAGGUGAACUUCCUUGGUUUUCAGAAACAAGUACCUAAAGGGAGUAUAAGCAACUCUCACUUUGUAAAUCCCAGUCACUGCAACAAAAACAUACAGUCCGGAAAAAACAAAACAAAACACCACAAACAAACAAAAAAAUCCCCAAGCAGACAAACAAACAACAACAAAAAUCUGCCCCAGAUCACAUAUUGCUGCUAAUAAUUCUUUUUUAAAUCCCCUUCUUCCACUACCGAGAUGCUACUGCAACUUGUUCAUAAUUUGAACUGGACUAUUUUGUAUAUUUGAUGUUAUUAACACUCUCCACACAGACCAAACAGCUGUUACAGUGCUUACAGCAUUACCAGCACAAUCCAAUUUCAUACCUCUGAACACAUCGAACAUAACAAGCCUCAGACUUACCAUAUUUUCUUAAGAUUGCUGCAUCCUUUCUCUGCUGACAAGGUCAGAAGAUUUUGUGAUGUGUAACAGCAACAAUCUUUAAAAAAAACCCCAAAAAGCCAAAAAAAAGACAGUUCCAUUUUACACAUUAAACUGGUUGAUUAUAUAUAAGUAACCUGUAGUACAUAAUAUCCAUUUGAAAGGCUGCUGAUAUUGAAUGCAGGCAGAGCAACACAGAAGUCAUUCCAAUUGCUUCUAUUAGUGUCUUGUCACUUUUAGUAAAGCCUUUUAUAUUAUUGUGACUUCUUAUCUUUAAACAUGAAGGAGGACUCAAUACAUUUAAAUUAAAGACAGAACCAAAGGCAAUAAAGGAGCACUCCUAAUUUAUUCUCAUGGCUGUUUCUGCUUAAUAACAAGAUAUGAAGGUGCAGGGUAUAUGACUGAACUUAGUGAAUUCAGCAGCAACAGGAUUUAGCUUUUUAGAUUCAGUCCAAUAUACUUUUGGCUUUUCAUUUUUCACAAUUAUAAAAAAAAAACAAAACACCAAAAACAUAUAUUUAAUAGAAUAUGGCUUACUUUCCUGCACUGUCACUAACAGCCAAAUCUUAUUACUUGUACAACAGAAUUACUUAGCUCUUCAUUAUACAGUGCACAAUCACUGAAAUUCACUUCAGUUUCUGUUCUAUGAAUUGUUCUUUGGUCUCCCCACUCAAACAAACUUAUAAAGGUUUAUUCUUUUAUCAAUAAUUGGCAUUUAAAUGCAGCAUUGUAGGAUUUAUCAUAUGGAGAAGAAGGGACUGCACAGAAGCUGUAAAAAUCCUCUGUCUUACAUCAUCAAUAGGGCUGCUAAGGGAAUCCACACAAACCCUCACUUCUCACAAACUGAUGAGAGCUGGUCACAGUGAGUACACGUGACUGGGCUGCCUCUUACACCUUCCCAGGGUAGGACAGGAGGUUGUCAGCAUGGACAAAGCCACAGCCUUUCAUUUACCCCUUGGCUUCGGUGUUGUGCGAUAAAUGUGGCACCAAAGGUAAGCAACAGAAACCAGCAGUUGAUUGUGGCAUUUAUUUUAAAGCCAGACUCUUUAUUUACUAUAAUUUAUCUGCAAGAAUUUGCUAAGUGUAAAUGAUCUGCAUAGAUAAUGAGUUAGUUAGAAAACACGUUGGGACUUGCCAUGGGAAAUCUUGUUUGGAUUCCAUUGUGAAUUCUCUCCCUUGUCACUGGUAUCUCACCACAGCGGGCAGUCUCCUCUGUUCUUUGGAUUUUGUUGCUGCAAUUACAAUGGUACAUUUUUGUGCAUUCAUAUAAAGAACGAAAUUUAAAAUAUACCUUUUAUUUUUAAAAAGUUAUUAAACAUUCUCUAAAGUUUACAACAGAA